GGCCCUGAUCUGACCCUGGACACUCGUGGACGAACCCGGGUUUUGCAUGGUGGUACACUGCGUGAUUUCGACCUGACCGGUGUCGAGUUUUGUGUUUGUGAAUUCGUUCUGUAUCAUUUUGUGUUUUGUUUUAUUUUGUGUUUUUAUCCGUAAAAAAAAAAGAAAUCUCAACAGAUAUGUCUUCCAUGAAAGCAAAAGCAAUUGGCUUGACCGUGGACGUUGGCGCCGGUUCUGGACCAUCGCCAGUGAUAAGAAAAAUUUCCCCCUGCGGCAUCACCACCGAGGACGUGUCGUUCGAGGCGUACAAGCAGCCGAAAAAUCGCAGCAAGCGGCGCAGCUUCUCCCCGAUGGUGCAUCAGGAGCGGAUACCUUCACCGGAUCUUUCGCCGAUCGAGCUGAGCCAGACGUUUCGCAUCUCGCCCCGGAUGAACACACCGAUCGCAGCCAAGGGCAAGAAUGUGGCCAGCAAAACGUACCUUCUCAGCAAACCGAUACGAGCACACAGUAAAGUUUCCCCCAAGGACGAGGCGUAUGCCGUGACACCGAUUGGGAAGCGCGAGCUCGAACAUCGCAUUUGUGUGUCGAACAUACUGAAGGACAUGGGCCUGUCCAAGUACAUCCGCAUCUUCACCAACGAGGAGAUCAACUUCGAGGUGUUCCUGACGCUGUGCGAAAAGGACCUGCACGACAUCGGGAUUCACUGCAAGCAGGACAUCGAGAAGAUUUUGGCCAAAAUUGCCGACUACAACAUGAACGCGGAGGCGUAAGGGCUUGGGCAGCAGGGCUUGCCGCUUGCUAAUAGGCAUUAAGGUUUUAAGGUUAGGUAGAACUAAGUGUGAUUUUAAUCAAAUGAUAAUAAAAGACUUUGUUAGUUCAGUUUGUAGAUGUAUAAAA